AUGGAGCAGCGAUUUGGAGCCAAGAAGGAAAGAAGACCGGCACUCCCACAGGCUGUCGAGGUCUAUCCAGGCGACGGCUUACCGAUGUUUGGCCGAACCCGGAAACCUUGCGCGGUAGGCAAAUAGCCUCGCUCGGGGUCACUCAAAGCGUGGACCUUUCUCAGUCAACACUUCGUCCCAUCGGUCGACUCUUCUUACCACCACGCAUACUUACCUUGUCUCUUACUCUUGACGUUCCUUCGCAUCCUUCAUUCAUCCCGAUACCCGGCUUUUCAGUCCUUUUGGACCAUUUCCCGAGCAUCGCAUGGUCCUGAAGUCACUUUGUCUGUCCCAUCAUCUUAUUUUUCUUUUCUCUAUGUUAUAUUCAUAACUUCAUUUCUGUUCACCUUUCGCAAUCCAAAAAAUACAACUCGAAAAUAAUGAAUACCAGUCUGAGAGCAUCCAUGAAAGAAAAACUGCGACUUCUCGACACGCACAAUUGGCGUUAUGUGCUCAAGGCACCACGAGUUGUCAUCCAGAGCGAAACCAUCAAUUUAGGCCGGCAACUACUACCUCUUAUCACCGUCUAAUUGCCCGAUAUUUUCCACGAAAGCCGCAUCCUCCCUGUUCAUUCUGAAUUUCGUCACCCUUUGCUUCUAUCACAUUGUUGGAUAG